CAUUUUCACUGGCUCGAUUACACGAUAUUCCUCGCCUUCUUGAUAGUUUCCACCUUGGUUGGAUUAUUUUUCGGCUGGCAAGGAAGAAAGACGACUUCAUCAAAGAAAUUUUUAACUGGUGGUGGAGAAAUACAUUGGAUACUGAUAUCAUUCUCCAUGCAGGCUUCCUUCUUCUCUGCCAUCUUUAUCCUAUCCGCUCCUGGCGAGAUAUAUGCCUAUGGGACUUGCUAUAGCUAUUUGGGACUUUCUUACUUCAUUGGGAAGCCACUAGCAAUGCACUUCUAUAUACCGAUACUCUAUAAGAUGAAGAUACUCAGUGCUUAUGAGUAUUUAGAGAGAAGAUUCAACAAGUUGAUAAGAAUAUGCGGUUCCAUAAUCUUUGUUCUUCAAACACUUCUCUACUUACCUCUUGUGUUAUAUACACCAGCUCUGGCUUUAGCUCAAGUUACUGGAAUCUCUAUUUUAUGGUCAAUUAUAUUUUGCGGCCUAGUAUGCACCUUAUACACCUGUCUGGGUGGAAUGAAAGCUACGGCCUGGAACGACACGGUCCAGAUGGUCAUCAUCUUCACUGGCCUCAUAACCGUCAUUUGCGUCGGGAUCACAAGAGUUGGCGGUUUUGGCGAGUUUUAUAGGAGAAAUUUGGAAGGCGGUAGAUUUAUCCUCAAUGAUUUCAGAAUCGAUCCAACUCUACGAACGACAUUUUGGACUCAAGUUUUGGGCGGAAUAUUCUACACAACGUUCAACCUCUCGUCCAACCAGGUCAUUGUCCAGAAGUUUUUCAGCUCCAAAACAGUCAAAGACGCCUACAAGGCACUCUACUUGAGUGCAAUCUGUUGUUUCUGCAUACUGAUGCUUAUAACUUGCAUUGGACUGCUAAGUUAUGCCUUCUACUACAAGUGUGACCCGCUAACGAGUGGAAGAGUUGGAAAACUGGACCAGGUCGUCCCUCUGAUGGUCAUGGAGAUCUUGGAAGGGUACCCUGGACUGCCAGGGCUCUUCAUCACCACUGCUUUCUGUGCUGCCCUUAGUUCCAUGUCUGGAUGUCUCAAUGGAUUGGCAGCUGUCAUUUUGACAGAUUUCAUAGAACCCACGUUCCGAAAAACCCGCAGAGCUGUGAAAGAUAGAUCCAGAGUUAUACUGACAAGAAUGUUGGUGUUGUUCAGUGGCUUGUAUACAACAAUACUGGCCUACAAUGCUCAUUACCUGGGUGAAUCAACCAUGCAAUUGUCAUUUUCAGCUUGCGGAAUAACCGGCGGUCCAUUGUUUGCUGUUAUAACUCUAGGAAUGCUAUGCUCUUUCACUAAUAUUACAGGCUGCAUUGUCGGAUUAAUUGCUGGCAUCGUGUUUGGGUCGUGGGUUGCCUUUGCGGCCCUUGCCGUCAAAGUUACGGCCCCUAUGUUACCCUUUGACAAUUCC